AUGCAUAAUGCUGAUCGCUCACUAUGGGUAGAAGAUCGCUACGCUUUGCGCUGCCGGGGCUGUGGUGAAAAGUUCACUCUCUUCCGUCGCCGUCAUCAUUGUCGACUUUGUGGACAAGUAUUCUGCUCCACCUGUCUAUUCCAGCUCAUUUCCCGCGAUUCAAUACAACCACGGAGUUUGGCGGUAUCAUUUUCAAAUUCCUUUAGUGCUAACCUCAACGCUUUGGAAGACCAAGAGCGACAGCAUCAACUGCCAGAGAGAGUAUGCAGACGAUGCGCCUCCGGGGCGAUGCAACAUCAGCGCAAUACAGGGGAAUCAAACUCAGAGCAUCACCUUCAGCAAUCCCAAAAUGCGGAGGAGUGUAAACAGGGGGGCUUCUCUCCACCCUCAAUAGGCUCUCUUGUAGUGAAGACUCCUGGAUCUGUGCACGUCGCUCCGGAACCCUUGCAGUGUACACCGCAGGAGGUAAUGCGGGUGGGCAGCCGGUCAUUGAGUGCUCGACGCGAAUGCCUUGAUGAUUCUCUUGAACGUGCGUGGCGGGAAGACGUGGAAAUGUGCCCGACAAAUCCCCAACUACAUAACCCAUCCCCCAUGGCAUUCCUGUCACACCCAGAGACUGACGAGGAAAAGUCUAUUUCAUACGCAAUGGCUCGACUGCCAUCACGCUAUCAGAAUAGUUUACAGAAAUGGCUUGAGGAGCAAUUAAACGAUGCGAACCUCUCCGCAUUGACAACUGAGACGGACCCUCUCCUGCUAUCCUCACCGCAGGGGGGUUAUUGUAGCCUCACUGGAGACCCCAUCGUCAUACCCACGUGGAAUGGGAGGGAUGUGUUCGAUCUUACCAUAUCCUUCGCGGAGCCCCUUUUGCUUUCGACGGGCUACCCUUCAGCAGCGAAGGGAAUGAUCGCGAAUAUGCCGAAAAAUUCGCCUUGUAUGCCGAAGGAGGGCGGCACCCUGCAUCACUUCUUGGAAAGCCCCGAUACGCAGGAAUGGUUUGCCAUGCAUUGGCUGAGGCGCGUACUGAACAGCCCCACGUUCAUCGAGAUCAUGGAGCAGUCCGUUGGAGGGGGCAUCCCAGGUGAAAGUGAUGGAGAGAGCGGAGAUGGCAACAAACUAUCCAAUCUAGUCUUAUGGAGUACGCCUUGGCUGCAGGCGAUCUACGCUACCACGGCGCGAGUGCUUGCCAAAACAACAGUGACGUUAGGCGGGCACAUUCACAAUCACGUUGAGAUCGUGACGUUGAAUUCGCAUGUGGACGAAACAAAGACGAACGCAAAGGUUGAUUGGGAGAGCCCCUACCAGAUUGAUAUAGUUUCUGGUGUUGCAUUUAAGCGCUCCCUCACCUCAAAGCGAAUGCCGUCUUAUUGGGAAAACCCUCGAAUUCUUUUCCUCGGGGGUCGUGUUUCUUACAAAAUGCAAUCAUUGAGCUUCAGUGAGUAUGUGGACUCCUACCAAGGUCAUCUGGACAAGCUCUUCCACCGUAUUCUGGUAUGGGCACCCCAGGUGAUUGUGGUAGAGGGCGGCAUGCAUCAUUACCUGCAGACCUGCGUUGCCAACACGGGCACGAUGAGUUUGGUGCUCAAUGUGGGCUCCUCGCUACUAACGCGGCUGGCCUCUUGCUGUGGGGCGACGGUGGUAUACGAUUUGCAUUACAUUACGGUAUCAGAUCUGCGCGAUGAGAAGACGCCGUUGGGGACGUGCGGCAUCUUUCGCGUGGUGGAGGUGAGUAAGGCGGAGCCACCGUUGUGUGUUUUUGAGCAGCUGCCCACGUCGAUGUUUUCGACCGUGGUGCUACGAGGAACCCAUCCAAACGCCACCGUGGGGCUGAAGUACCAUCAGAUCAAAGCAUGGCUGCUGGAGAGCCUUGCCACAGCUUACCACGUGUUGUUGCAGGGCUGCAGCCUCUGGGAUUUGGGGAUGGCAGUCCAGAAAACAAACAACGCUUCGGGCGUGUCUUUUGAUCCGUGCACACGAAGCAUAAAGUUUGCCGAUCUUCAGAGCGUGCACUAUUUCUUACAGCCCCAGCAGCGAUGUGCUGCACUUUCGAUGAACUACGGCAUCCACUUCGGGGAUGAUGUGGUUCGUUUGUUUCACGACAAGGCGAGGAGCGCCGAUGCACAUGAUCGUCUGCGUGACCAGAUCAGCGUUCAGUACAUCGCGCUAGAUACGCUGCGCUCCGAACCGCUAGCCACGUUAACCGCCGGUGGGUAUCAAAGUGAGCCUAAUUCCGAGUUUCCCACGAGUGGUGAUAUUCAGGCGUCCGCGUCGGCAAGAGGCAGCCGUGCGCGAAAUCACGACACUUACGCAUUUUACCAAAAGGACAAGGACCAGACGGUGUUGGGGUUUUUAGUUAAACAUUCGAAGGGGCGGCUGAGGUCUCGUGUGAUGAUAUGUCAUGCAGAGCAUCAAAUUAUAGUCUCGAAGUGCAACGCGCCAGAGGCCUUUCAGGGAGCGAAGUCGUCGGAGGACGAGUCUCUACAAGCUUUUCUGGAGAUUCAGAGCAAAUCCCUUGCGUUUAGGCUUGUGUGUGAAGAAAAGGAUUCUUUAUCCAGACCCAUUUGGGAUAUGGUCAGCUACUUCGUGAGGCCGCCGGGCUGCUACAUCAACUGCCCUUUUUGUAGCAACCUGGUGCGCGAAUCGGAGCAGGAUCAGCCGCCAGUGGAGCUGCAUUUUCUGUCGCAGCACGCGCUGAAUCUGUCGAUGGGCUCUUUUUUCGAGCUUCUGUUUAAUGCACACACCUCCCUGCAUCACGUACCUUGCUCACGGUCGAUGAAUAAGGAAUUUGCGGUUUGCUUCGUCUGCUACCUGCCCGCAUCCCGCCCUGUGGUGUUGAUCCGAUUGGAUGUUAAGCCGCUGAGGGUGUAUCGCUUGCGCCCCCCAUGCUGCGCUCUUGAAUGGGAACCCGCUGCAACGGUGGUGGGAGCAGCACCAAAUACAACUCUGCCAUCCUCCCCAUUGCUGGAGAAUGAAGAAGGUGAUGUGAUGUUGGAGCGUCGCGAGUUGUAUUCCGAUCUUACCGCGCUUCAGUCCGCACUUUCUCGUGCUCUUGACGAGGUUGCGGUCCCAACCCCACAAGGGGUUGCAUCGAACGACACGCCGAUUCCCGAUUCCAACAGCCCAGCACUCGCGGUGGCGGUCGUUCCCCGCUCCCUUCCCUCCAGCUAUCGCCUUCCCUUGGCCUCUUCGCUCUGCGGCGAGGCCUCCCAGCCCACCCACCCCACCCUUCUCCAACGCGUCGAGGAGCUCAUCCAAACCACCGCGCAGCUCACCACCGUCGCCGCGAUCAACGACCUCCGCUGGGGUGCCCUUCGCUUUCUGGUGAGGGACGUGAAGGAGUGGGGCCGGCGGCACGCCGCGGGGGAGGGAGCGCCAUACCCGCCAAAGGAAGGCGAGCCGGAGGGCGCGCCACGGAAGUCCGGCGCGAACGGCAAACCUCCCUUUCUCUCCUUCCUCGCGAGCGUUGAAAACCACCGGUGGUGGUUUAGUCCGGUCGACCAAUUAGCCCUCCGGGCGGACGAGCCCACGAGCUUUCUGAGCGUGGCGCUCACACGGCUGUAUGGGGUGGGCGCCACGGGAACCAACGCCUUCGCCUUCGGCAACUCCGAAAAGGGGGAAUCAUCCCCGCCACCCGAACCCCUGCAGCGGCCGGCUGGGGCAUUCGCGGAAUGCCCCUCACCCCCACCCCCUGACGCGAUUACUCUGGCGACCUCGGUUGGGAUCGACACGGAGCUGGGGAAAGGUUUGGAGGAGGGCGCCGGCGCUGCUGCCACGAAGAGCAGCCAAGGCACGACGGACUCUGCACCCGGCGAGGCGGUUGAGGGCCCGGUUUGCUUCCCGAAAACCGCGGACGAGGCCUAUCACAUCCUGAUAGAGGCCUGCAAGAGGGAAAAACGCCCGGGGCUUACCAGCCACACCACCCGGCGCAGUAUCACCCUCCGUGGGUUGGCCUCACCGUCUGGCGAGCUAAUUGGAUCGGUCACGGUCGACGUCUUCUUCCCCGAACCUUUUGCAGCGCUGCAGUACAUGUUUUUCCAAAGCGCUCCCGAAAAAUCGCUGUUGCGGUCCCUUGCGCGGUGCAGUGUGGAGUGCAUGCAAGGGGGCAAGUCGAGCGCGAAGUUCUAUCGCACCUGGGAUGGGCUUCUGCUCAAGCGGAUCAAGUGGAUGGAGAUGAAGCACUUCCUGCUGACGUGGGGUCCUGAGUACUUUCGCCACAUGGCGCGCUGCUUCGCCUGCCAGUCUUCCGAGAACGCCAAGACCGGGGAGGAAGGGUCGUCAGAACAGCCUCCGAAUGCCGCCGGUGUCCUCCUGGCAAAGGCGUUGGGACUUUACGCGAUUCAAAUCACUCGUAGGAGUAGCUGCCAAGAGGGCAGCUGCACGAGCACGGUGGGAGAAACCCAAUACUAUGUGCUUAUGGAAAACCUCACUUUACGCACGGGUGUACACGUUGAUCUUGCGUUUGACCUGAAAGGAAGUCAACGCAAUCGAACCGCGCCGGAGGGUUCAAGCGUGAAACUGGAUGGUGAUCUGGUCGAUCAGAUUCGACGUGGGCAUUUCUUAUUUUGCUCGAGUGCGCAAAAGCACUUGAUGAUGAAAAGCCUAUGCCGAGAUACCCAGCUUCUGAGCAGCUCUGGCAUCAUGGACUACUCCCUCCUGGUGGCUCUUGACUCGUCGCGGGGAGAGAUCCUGCUCGGGCUCAUAGAUUUUUUGCACCCAUACACAGGUGCCAAGUUACUGGAAUCAAGGGUCAAGUCAGGCAUCGACACGGUGCUGGGGUAUACCGGAAGAGAUCCAACCAUUAUCGGACCGCCAGACUAUAAAGAGCGUUUCCUGAGGUUCAUAAACGUCUACUUCUGCGGGAUUCCAGAUAAGCGCUUUCCACUCAUAGAAGAGGUCGUCCAUGAUGAUGCGCAAAGGGCGAUCCGUGGCACCGAAACGGCAAAAGACUCGAAGCGGUGA